AUUUGAUCACAAUCCGUGUGUAUACGCAAUCUGAAGUUCUUGACCCUCUGAAUUAGCGCAAAAGCCCUAGUGCAAACCCGAAACCCCCAGUAAAGUUUGCCAAAAUCACCACCUAAAGGCUAAAGCAAUGUCGCUCUCUAUACUCCGAUCUCGUCUUUGCCGGCGACUCUGCAAAUCCACCGCCAUUAAAAACUUCGACAACAAAAACACCAUUCUCUCCCGAAGAUUCUUCUGCACAAAUCCUCCUAAAGAACCGCCAUUGUCGUCUGCUUCUUCUCAACCUAACGAAGCUCCUCCAUCUUCUCCGCCUCGAAAGUCAAACGCUUUUUUCAGCGCCAUCAAAUUCGGCCUAGCCACCGCCGUUACUGGUGUCGCUGCUUCCGCCGGAUAUGCCACUUACGCAUACACAGUAGAAGAAGUAGAUGAGAAAACAAAAGCAUUCCGAGAUUCUGCAAAUCAGCCCAUUGAAGAUGAUGAAUCAAUUAUCAAUAAACUUCAAUCUUCGGUGCACUAUGCUGCUGUAGUUGGGCCUGCUAAAGCAAUUGAACUCUACCUAGAAUGGAGGAGAUCUAUUGAGGACCAACUUCAAGCUUUCACUGAACCACUGUCAGAUAAGUUGCUUCCUGAUUUGCCACCUGGAAUGCAAAAUGUACUUACACUUGUCGUGGAUCUGAAUGAGACCUUAGUGUAUUCUGAUUGGAAGCGUGAAAGAGGCUGGAGAACUUUUAAGAGGCCUGGUGUUGAUGCCUUUCUAGAGCAUCUAGCACAAUUUUAUGAAAUUGUUGUGUAUUCUGACAAUUUGUCAAUGUAUGUCGAUCCUGUUCUUGACAGAUUAGACGAAAAGCACUGCAUAGCUCAUCGGUUGUCUAGGGCAGCAACAAGAUAUGAUGAUGGGAAACAUUACAGGGACCUUACCAAACUGAACCGUGAUCCUGCAAAGGUUAUUUAUUUGAGUGGCCAUGCCCUAGAGAGCUGUCUUCAGGCAGACAAUUGUGUCCAAAUCAAGCCUUGGACAAGUGAUGAUUUGGAUGAUACUACUCUGUUGGAUCUUCUUCCAUUUCUUGAAUUUGUAGCCCAGAGUAGACCAAAUGAUAUUCGCCCGGUGCUAGCAUCCUAUAAAGGGCGAGAUAUUCCAAAGGAAUUUAUCGAACGCUCUAAAGAGCACAAAAGGCGAAUGCAAGAACAGAAACAACAAGGACGUUUCUGGCGACGUUGAAAUCGAACUUUUUUAACGUUAUAAAAUUUGCAAGCGUACCCCGUAUUUACUAUUUUCACUGAGAUAGCGGAAUAGUUAGCCCAAGAUGGCGAAUUCCCAAACUGUUGAAUAUUUCUUGGCGCAGCGUCAUAGCGUGAAACAAAUUCGGUUAAUAUCUAUCUAUAUUCAAUUCUUUUUGUCACACUGUACAUUGUGAGGAAAUUCAAGGAAAUUUUGUUUCAUCCUACUGUUAGCUGGGUUAGCAAAGGUGACCUAUUUUCAGCAUAUGUUGAAUUUUUUUACAAAUAAUAGAGAGUAGUUUAGAGCAUUUGAUGCAUGUUUGUACGGCAGUUAAUAAUAGAAUAUGUAAAGGAUUAGCAAAUUCAUGGAAUCACAUGAAUUGAUUAUAUAUCCUUUUAAUAUAUUGAGUAAAAGUAGUGAUUGUGUUUGUUAUCA